AGUAGGAGAUCAGAAAGUUGCAGCUUACGAGGAACAAAAAAGAGUCAAACAUUGGGGGAGACUGUAUAACAGAUCGGAAAAAGUUUGGGUAUUGACUUGUUCAUUAUUCGGCUGUUUCUGGAAAGCAAAUGCUUAUCAAGUGUUCUAAUUCAUGCCACUGUGAGAUAUUGUCAGAGUGCCAUUGCUUAUGGUAAUUCCAGAUCCGUAAGAUUCCAAGAUGAGAUUCAACUAACAAAAUUCCCAUCAAUCAAUGGAGACAGUUUGGUUAAGGUCCAAUACAAAAUAGAUGGAACACAAAUACCAGGACAAAGCUCUAAGAAGGGUGAGAAGGUGGCUGACAUGUCUAGAAGUUCCUUGAAAGCAAAAGUAUUAUCAAGAGUCUUCUCAGAGGACUAUGAGAGAGUGAAAAGAAAGAUAUUGGAUCCUCGAGGACCAACCAUACGUCGAUGGAACAAAAUAUUCUUAGCAGCAUGUUUAGUUUCUUUGUUUGUGGACCCUCUGUUCUUUUAUUUGCCAGUGGUUCGAGAGGAAGUUUGCAUAGACAUAGGAUUCAAUCUUGAGGUUGCUCUUACAAUUAUAAGAUCAAUUGCGGAUGUAUUCUACAUGAUUCAGAUUUAUAUACGAUAUCGUACUGCCUAUGUUGCUCCUUCCUCUCGUGUAUUUGGGAGGGGAGAGCUUGUCAUAGACUCUUCAAAGAUUGCAUCAAGGUACUUGCGCAAAGGUUUCUGGAUUGAUUUUAUUGCUGCCCUGCCAAUUCCACAGGUACUAAUUUGGGCAAUUAUACCCAAUCUAAAUGGUUCACUGAUGUUAAACACAAGAAACGUCCUUCGCUUCUUUCUCAUUUUUCAGUAUGUCCCGAGACUUUUUCUUAUAUUUCCACUCUCAAUGGAAAUUGCCAACUCUACCGGUGUUGUGACAGAAACAGCAUGGGCUGGGGCUGCCUACAACUUGAUACUAUAUAUAUUAGCAAGUCAUGUUUUAGGAGCCUGCUGGUACCUUCUAUCAAUCGAAAGGCAAGAAGCAUGCUGGAGAUAUGCCUGCAGUCUUGAGAAGUCAUCUUGUCAAUACAGGUUCUUCGACUGCCAUAGUGUCAAGGAUAAUGAUAGAAUUUCCUGGUUCCAAUCAAGCAAUGUCACAACUCUAUGUGAUCCAAAUGGUGGCUCUUAUCCAUUUGGUAUUUAUGGUGAUGCUGUGACUUUGGGUGUUGCAUCCUCCAAGUUCUUAAAUAUGUACUUCUACUGUCUUUGGUGGGGCUUGAGGAACCUGAGUUCUCUAGGGCAAAAUCUUUCCACAAGCACUUAUGUUGGAGAAAACAGUUUUGCCAUCAUUGUUGCAACUCUGGGCUUGGUUCUCUUUGCAUUGCUCAUUGGGAAUAUGCAGUCCUACCUCCAAUCUACAACUGUUCGAUUGGAAGAAUGGAGGAUCAAGAGAACCGAUACAGAACAAUGGAUGCAUCACAGGCAACUACCCCCAGAAUUAAGGCAGUCUGUACAGAAAUAUGAUCAGUACAAAUGGGUGGCUACUCAAGGAGUUGAUGAAGAAGCCAUUGUUAAAGACCUCCCUUUGGAUCUCCGAAGAGAUAUCAAGCGCCACUUAUGUUAUGAUCUUGUUCGACGAGUUCCAUUGUUUGAUCAAAUGGAUGAACAGAUGCUAGAUGCGAUAUGUGAGAGACUCAAACCAGCCUUGUGCACCCAAGGCACUACCCUAGUGCGUGAAGGCGACCCUGUCAAUGAAAUGCUCUUCAUUAUCCGAGGCAACCUAGAUUCUUAUACCACCAAUGGUGGCCGUACUGGAUUCUUCAAUUCAUGCAGUAUAGGUCCAGGCGAUUUCUGUGGUGAGGAACUGCUGACAUGGGUUCUCGACCCUCAUCCAAAUAUCAUCCUGCCAUCAUCAACUCGCACAGUUAAAGCCAUAUGCGAAGUAGAAGCAUUUGCACUCAUAUCAGAGGACUUAAAGUUUGUGUCAUCACAAUUUCGAAGACUACACAGCAAACAACUCAGGCAUAAAUUCAGGUUUUACUCGCAUCAUUGGCGAGCAUGGGCAGCAUGUUUCAUACAAGCAGCAUGGCGUCGGUUUGAAAAACGUAAGAGUGCUACUGAACUAUUGGCUAUGGAGGAUCUGGUGGCACCUGAAUCUGAACUGUUAGAAGGAAAAUUGGAUGUAAAUGUGCGUCCUCCACCAGUGUCAGGCCUGGCCGAGUAUGCAGCAAGGUUGGCAGCAAACACUAGGAGGGGAAUCAAUAUGCAUUUCGGGUCGGAUUCGAGUGAUGUCAGUUCAUUGCGGAAGCCAGCAGAACCUGAUUUUUCUGUAGUUGAGGAGUGAUUUCAUAAAAAUUUUAUACAUGCAUGCAGCCAAGGGGACCUUAGAUUUAUUGAUUUGUUCAGCUAUACACAUUACGAACUCCUAUGAAUCAUUAUCACAUUGAGCCUAUAAUACUGGGCUUGAUUAUGUCUCCAA